UCCGCUUAGCAAUUAUUGAAUCAGAGCAGUUUAACAAUUCAAUAAGCCUGUCAAGAGCUUUCCGUGAUACUUCCUGUCAACCAUGAAGUGCUUACUUGUUCUUGCUGUUAUCUUGGGAGUAACCUAUGCCACACCAGUCAAACGCGCCGUCAGCGCUCAGAACCCCCCAGUAUGGUCCGCCCUGGACCAGUUAAGUGGCCGGAAUAAACUGAGCACAGCCGACAUUUAUAACCUGUACGUUAGCGCUCGUGCUGGUCAGGAUUACCCAACAUACAACGCCAACGAUAUUCCGCAAGGAAACUGGGACUGCUCUGCUCACCAACCAGGCUACUAUGCUGACACUGACUUCAAGUGUCAAGUUGUCCGCCGAUGUGAUGUCAACGGCAACUUGACCUCGUACAUCUGCCCCAACAUGACGCUGUUCAACCAAAUCACCCUGGUCUGCCACUGGUUUUGGGAGGUCGACUGCAGCCAAGCUGCCAAGUUCUACGACUACAGCAACAGCCGUCUGUAUCAGGGCGCUGAUGUGCCGCUGCUGGACAACCAGGACAACUACCAGGCUGUCAAUCUCGCUCAAGGCCGAUCGGAUUUGUACACUCUGACAUGGGAUGUUAAGCCCAUCGCAGGAAAGGCCGUGGCAAAGGGAGCGGCCAGCGCAAAGGGAGCGGCGAAAGCAUGAUAAAACCGUUCGAUUUCUGACGAAGCUGCUCAAGCGGAACACCACGCCCUUUUUCUGUCUAGUCUGCAUUUUUUUGUAUUUUACUCUUGUUGGAUAGGCUAGUUAGUGUAUGGAAUGUAUGAAUGUAAGCUUGAGAUGACAAAAAGAUGUGAAAAAUUUGUCGUGUAAUUUGGGCUCGUGACAAGUGCUCGUGGGUGUACGUGAGAAUCAAGUAAAAUGGCUGUAGCCAAAAA